AUGUUUGGCAUCACUCAGUAUUUCGUUACUCUCCAGGUAUUCCAUUAAAUGUCCUUUGACAAUGCGCUCCAUUAUUUCUGCAAGCUAGACUGACAGGAGGGUGGUUUUCACAGUCAAGUCGUGAACUUCCAUUAUGGAUCGGGAUGAUGAAUGCACGCUUCCAUUCUUUCCGGGAGUUCGCCUUCUUCAAAGGACUCUCGAAAUAUAAUAGAUGGUGGUUCGCACAAUUAGAUAGCAAGUUGUUGAGGUGGUAGUGCAGGAAUUCUAUCCCGGCCAGGCGAUUUGGUAGGCUUCAAUUGGAGUAAUUCGACCCUAAUUAAAGGCUGACGAAAAGUAUGGAUCCCCUAUUGAGGAGGGGAAGUAGGGAGAGGAGGUGGAGGGAGGGGAGAGGAGGAGGAGUCUAUUUAGACGAGCGGUACGCCACUGAUGGCGUCAGUGGUCGGACAUUCUUAGCAGAUAUGGUGAUGCUUAACAGUUCCACAUCCCGUACCGGAUUAUCUAUCUCAGUCAUAGCGGUCAGUUUGCAAGUGAAAUAAAUCAUGACUCCUCCUCCUGGGCUUGGUCUACCACUCCUGAAUGUAUGAUAUCCUCUGAGUGAUAUUUCCGAAUCAAAAAUAUCCUCAGCAAGCCACGUUUCGGUGAAAGUCAUGAUGUCUGUUUUAAUUUCAUCAACUAAUUCUCUUAGUUCGUCUAGUUUGUUGAACAGGCUUUUUGCAUUUGCAGAAAUAACCUUCAGUGACUGUUUCAUUAGGGAGACCCAGCCUUCAAUGUGACAGGUUUUGACCACAGUAAAGACUCCUUGGUCUGGAUUAUUUGGCCUUUUUGAUUUUUAGCCCUUUCUCUCCUCUGCCAAUUCUCUCACUCUAUUCACUUCUUAGGUCCCUCAUUUUCAGCCUUUACCUAGGUUCGUAGUCCGGCUGAAAAAACACUUCUUUGUGCCGGCUAGUCUGUAACGCCGCCAAAAGAGAUUUCUUUUGGUGGGGCUCGGAAACGCUGUCCUGAUUGGUCAACAAAUUAUCACCUUCGUACUUUUAUUGAUUUCAGCAGGCGUGGUACUGCUUGCGGUUACCUCCAAUUUGAGGUGCUUCGCGCACUGCUGUGAUUGUAAUUCACAAUUAGCUUAGGGUUCGAUUAUGCAGUUAGGAUUUAAGGUUUGGGGUUUAGGGUGGGGCUUUGGAUUUAUGGUUAAGGUUUAGUGUCAGGGUUUAACGUUAGUGUUUAGGUUUAGGGGGCCAUUCGGCACCCACUUCCUACAACCUGCAUCUACAGCUUACGUCCGAUUGGUCACAUUCUUAGACGGUUCAUUUUCAAUGGCCUUGACAGACCCGCCACACUUAUUCUUCCUGGAAUUGGUUUAACUGGUUACCUUCAGUGAACUUUUGUAUUGUGCGAUGCUUGUACAUAUAAUACCUGCCCAUUUCUCCUUGUUUUUGCACAUUCUGCAUUAUUUUCCCGCUUCCAUAUUGGACGCGCCUCGGUUUCCGCAUUUCCCAGCACGACCGCCUCUUAUUUAAAGAGGCCUGAUCUUUUGAAUCCAUCCACUUUGGACGGUUUGCAAUUGUCCUUAUCCUGAGAGGGCAGUUUAGGUAAACAAUCCUUUUCACUAAGGAACUGUAAGCAAUCCAGUGGUCAUUUUCUCCGCCACGAAGUUCGGUUCACCAUGAUACAUCUAACGCUUCAUUUUCAAUGAGUGGGUAGUCCGCCUUCCAAAUGUUUCUUUCCCACCGAUGAGGCAAAGUUGGUUUGGAAACCAGUGAGUACUCGAAGUACAGCCCAAUACGAUCGCUUGACCGUAAUGCCGGUCAAUCCUGCAGGUCUAGCACAUGUUCAUCCCCUCGGAUAAACAUCAGGUCACGGCAGUUCGACUGUUGUCAUUCUCUGGUCCCACACGUCUCUAGCACCUGGCAUAGUGCGUUAAAAGCCCUGACUUGGAAGGUUGCCAAAUGAGGGGAUAACUCAGACCUCACAGACAGCCCAGUGUGUGUUUGGGUGGAGUGGCCGACUGGUGGACUGACAGGCUGACUGAAAUGGCCCCUUCUUAACGUUGUAGCAGCCACUCCAGUCCUCCCCUUCUCCGGCACCGUUUUAUCGGUCGAUCGCCGUGACAACCGUUGACAGGCUGUUGACGCACGGCCACCCCACGCCGUCUAGAGCUGAGGCACCCACUCUCCACCUGCCCUCACAAAACUUUCUUCACCUCACGCCCCUCGGACGGUCUGGCUUGAUACCCGCCCAACCACAUGAUCGACACUCAGCCAGUCACUCCCUCCUGCUGAAACAGACAUGCAAUGCCGCGUAA